AUGCAAAUUUAAAUAGAGAAAAAGAAAAAUUCUUUAUUUACGUAAGGCGUUAGUUAUGUUGUGUGGAAAACCAUCGUUAAUAUCUUUAGCUUAUAUGCUAUUGUUUAAGUAUCCUUAGCGUUAUUUGAUGAACAAUCGUAUAAGUUUUAAAAUAAAGGAACCAUUUUUCUCUUAAUUCGACUGUUAAUAAUUAUCGUUCUAUUUGCAGAUAUUUUUAUAAAAUUCAAUGUUUAGCAAAUUAUAGAUAAAAAUGUAGUCAUAAACAAAAAUAAUGAAUUUUCGAAAAAGUAUUUGCUAUUUAUAUUUUGUUUUGACUUUUUACCUGCUUUUUUUGUUCUGUUUCAAACACUAUUUUAUUUGCCAAAUUACAUAGCAGUAUUGAUAUUUUUGAAAGUUAUAUCAUUGAUAGAUGCUGAUACAUACACCCAGUAAUAAUUGCUUUAUCAUGCAUCAAUAUAUUUUGUCUACAAGGUAUUGAGAUUGAUAGUAAUCCUCCUAUUUGUAUUCAAUUGUUUUGGUUGUCUCUUUUAUUUAAUGGGAUUGAUUGGACUGAACUCAGAUGAAUUAAGUUGGCUUGAUUUCUCAAAGAGUUAUAGUGGAAUUAUAGUUAAGGAUCAAACAAGAAAUACAAAAUACAUAAUAUCUACAUAUUGGGCAGUUGAAACUCUCACAUCCAUAGGUUUUGGCGACAUAACUCCUCUGAAUACCUAUGAAAUCUUUAUAACAGACUUGGCACUCUUUGGAUAGAUGUUUGUUAUUGUUUACACAGUCUCCUACAUAGUUUCUCUAUAAGACCAAAGAAAUCCAUAUGAUAAGAAUAUGUAUGCCAUAAAAAAGUUCAUGAGAAUAAAAAAUAUAUCUAGAGAUGUUGUAAACCAAGUCUCCAUUUUUCUUGAAUAAUACUUUUAUGAUUUUAAGAGGAGAGAUCAGCAAUCUGAGCAAGAUGUCAUGAGAAAACUAACCAAGCAUUUACAAUCUAAACUAUUAUAUCAAGCCUAUUAAAAUCAAUUGUUGAAAAUAGAGUGGCUAUUUAAUCGAUUUUCUUUGCCUUGUUUAUAAGAUAUUGCAUGCAAAAUUAAAGAAUUAUGUCUAGGAGCUGACUAAAUCAUAGAAUAAGACAUCUAUGACCCUAAAUUAUAUAUAGUAGUCAAUGGUUAGAUUAACUUAACAUUAAAUGGAGUCUUAAUUAAAUCCAUUGAAAAAGGUGGCAGUUUUGGAAAUUAUGAGUUUGUCACUGGAAUUCGUUAAAGAUCCAAAGUUGCCAAAACAGAAACCUACGCUAUCCUUUAUUAUAUUAGCAGAUUGGAUAUGCUUGAGUGUUUAUAAAACUCCUUUGAAGACUAUCAGAAAUUUUAAGAGAUAUAUGAUCAAGUGCUUUACGAAAAAAAACUAGAAACUAUAGGACUGUAUUGCUUGUUAUGCAAAAGUACAUCUCAUUUGACUUAACAAUGCCAAUAAAUCAAUAUAAAAGAAAUGAUAUAAGACUUUGAAUAAGUGAAAAUAUAAUAGAGAUAAAAGUUUAAGAGAUCUACUAAGCGUCAUGAUACUCAGAAUGCUCCUAAGGACUUUUUAUAAUAUAAAUUUGACUUAAAAGUGGAUUACCAGAACCUAAACAUAGAUCAAAAGUGUAAAGCUUAUAGGAAAAUGCAAUUCAUACCUUUUGUGAUGAGGAUGGAGAAGACAAAGGUGGAUCCCUUGAGAAUAAUUCGAGAUGUUAUUGAAGAGGCAAAUUAAAAGAAGGAAUUCAAAAUAUUGCGUGCAUUACCCAUAAUAAAUUGUUCUAGUUCAUUUGUGGAUAUAUGGAACUAUUUCAUUUUUAUCAACACUUUGAUUUUGUUUACUCUUGUUCCUCUAAUCAUUUUCUUCUAUAUAGAUUAUGAUUCAUUUAAAUUGAACCCUUUUUUCAAGGGAAUGAGAUAUUAUUAUAUGGCCAUCCUAUUUUUAGAUGUCAUUUUAAAAUUCAAUAUCAAUUACUACUUCUUUGGGGCUCUCAUCACAUCUAGAAAAUAGAUAGGAUUGAGAUACUUAUCCUCAUACUUUGUAUUUGAUACGAUACCAGUGCUGAUAUUACUGUAUUUUGAUUUCAUCUCCACAUACACUAUAGUUUAUCUUCUCAUUUUAUUUAAGGCAGUAUCAUUCUUCAAAAUUGAAAAAUAAAUCUAGGAGAGAUUGAAGCUUUACCCAUCUAAAUAUAACUCCUAUUUGAUUUUUAAGAUGUUCAUAGAAGUUCUCUAUCUAUAGCACUUCUGGGCUUGUAUGUAUUUUGCAGGUGGUGAAUAUAUGUACUAUAAUUACCCUGGUACAAAGACGUGGUUAAAUGAUCCCAAAAGUCACUUCGGAUCGAUCAUAACUUUGGAUUACUCAAAAUAAUAUUUAGUCUCCUAUUAUUGGGCAGUCAAUGUAAUAACAACUGUAGGUUAUGGAGACAUUUACCCAUUAAACAAUAUGGAAUGGUUUAUUAAUGAUUUAGCCCUUAUUUCAGCCAUAAUGAUAGCAGCAAUCAACAUAACAAAUAUUGCAUUUAUUAGAGCAUCCUCCAAUCAAAAAGAGCAAAUAAAAAAUAAAGUAGCUAUAAGUGAAUUUAUGAGAUAAAAUCUAAUCUCUAAAUAAACAAGAAACUUUAUUUUAAAAUAUUUGUUGAAUAGCGAAAUCUUUUAUGAUUACAGAAACACUGAAUUAGAAUUCAAGACCUUUGGAAUGCUUCCCAAAUCUUUGAAAAGCAAACUGAUGGAUCAAGCUUAUUCUUCUGUUUACUCUAAUUUAUGGUUGAAUGUAUUCGAUACAGAAAUCAUUGCCUAAAUUGCCUAAGAAACUAAAGAAGCCUUUUUUAGUGCUCAUGAAAAUAUCUUCCUAGAUAAUGUUAUUGAUAGUGAUUGUUCUUUGUAUUUUAUUGAAAAAGGUUGCAUCUAAUUGUUUUUCAAUUUACCAAUAUCUAACAAAGAGGAGACACUUAUUGCUAAACUGAAAGCAAAAGAAUCUUUUGGACACUACUCUUUUGUAACUGGAAUGAAGCGUUAAGCUUCUGCCAGAAGCUAUAAGCAUGCUCUAUUGAUCUAUUUGGAGAGAAGUAACUUUUUGAAGGCUCUGCAAAAUAAUCUUAAGUAACUUGCUUUGUUUGAAUAAAUUAAGUAUGAGGUCCUUUUUCUUAAUAAGUUGCAACACUUUAAGAUCAAAUGCUAUACUUGCUAAUCAAGUGAACACAUGAGUAUUUCCUGUCCGUUGACAUAAAUCAAGUAAAAUAUUAUGUUGACAUUCAAACCAAAAGAGAAGAUGAAUUUCAUUUAAUAAAGAGAGUAUCUAAAAAGAAAUAAAAGAAUCAUUAAUUAAAGAUUCAAUUGGGAAAUCGAUAAGCAAUUUAUAAAGAACUCUAACAAGAGACCUUUCAAAGAAGUCUUCCAAUAAGUAAAUUUUAUUAUCGAUGAAUCCAACUCAAUGUGAAUAAGGAUUUUAAUCUAUAAUUAUUAAUAAUUUUUAUAUUUGAUUAUUGAUUUAGCAAAUAAUAAAUUAAAA